AUUAUGUUAAUAAUUUCCAGGCUCAACUCGUAGCUACAGCAGGAUACUCAAUGGAAACCCACAAAAAUAUAGAAACCAAAGAUGGUUACCUCUUAACCAUGCAUCGUAUCCCUUACCCGAAGAACGCUAAUUAUCUCCGCGGUGAAAAACGUCAGCCUGUUUUACUAAUCCAUGGAAUGCUAGGCUGUUCCGGACAUUUCCUCCUACAGGGUGAUAAUUCUCUGGCUUAUAUGUUAGCAGAAGCAGGAUAUGAUGUAUGGCUGGGUAAUGUUCGCGGCGUAGUUUAUUCCAGAGAGCAUAAAACAUUAAAUUAUGCGAAAGAUACUGAAUAUUGGCAAUUUUCAAUGCACGAAAUGGGAAUAUAUGACCUACCUGCAAUGAUAGAUUAUAUACUGGGUGUUACCAACUCCGAAAAUCUGCAUUACAUUGGUUAUUCACAGGGAUGUGUUACAUUUUUCAUCAUGUGUUCCGAACUUCCGGAAUAUUCGAAAAAAAUCGCGUUAUUUACUGGUUUAUCACCGUUAAUUUACGUUAAAAACGCAAGACAUCCAUGGUUGCCUAUAUUGUCACGAUUUCAGACGCAAUUACGAUUUUUUACUUCACAAGUUGGAUUAUGCGGUGUUCGAGUUGGAUUGUUUCGAAAAUACGAAGGAUUAUUCACUUCUAAUUCUUGGGGAAGGAACUUUAUUAAAUUUAUGAUCUUCGCAGCUUUUGGGACGAAAUUAUACAGGCUUAAAAAUGAAACCGUUGGUACCGCUGUAAAAUUCAUCCAAGGAAUAAACUAUCAUAGUAUUUACCAUGCCAUGCAGAUAUUCAACAAAAGUAAAGCUGAACAAUUCGUGCAGUAUGAUUAUGGUACAAAGAAAAAUAUGGAGGUUUAUGGGUCUGAAACUGCAAAGGAUUAUUGUGUUGAGAAUGUGAAGUGUCCUGUGUUGUUGUAUUAUUCGGAUUCUGAUUGGUUCAUGCCAGCGGAGAAUGCCACACUACUCGCUGAAAAACUCUCAAAUGUUAUAGCACAUCACAAAAUAGAAAGUAAAGACUUUUCCCACUUUGAUUUCCUCAUCGCCGAGGAAGCUGUGGAAAAAGUAUAUAAACCAAUGAUUAGUACAUUCGCCGAUUUUCAAAAUCAAAAAGUUUAGUUCCAAAUUUUAAUUUAAAUAUUCAUAGAUAGUUUUAAUAUCUUUUUAUUAUUAUUAUUAUUAUGUAAUUAUGUAUAAAACAAUUUUUAUAUUUUAUAUUAAAAUAUUGUUACUCUAAUAGCAUAUAAACAAUAAUACACUCAGAACAAUCAGAAACGUAAAUGUUGUCCGGCUGAAUGUCCAGCUAAAUGAGUAUUAAUAGGAGUUGGUAAGUGAUUUUUAGUUCGUCCUGUCACUGAAGGAAUAUCUAGGAAACAGGAUAUCAAAUCCAUGGGUAGGGGGAAGAUGAUUGUCGAGUUCUUUUCGGCGGCGACGUUGUUUAGAGUUUGUAAAUAUCUCAACUGAAAUAUUAAUAAUAAUAAUAUGAAUGAAUAAUA